GAUGCUCUCAUGUCAGCGCCCAACUGUAAAUAAAUAAUUUGUACUGCAACGUAGUGAAAAGCUCGAGAUAUAGUAAAAGUGUUUGAAGCAGUUUGUAAAAUUAAUCAUCCCAUUUUAUGCUCUCGCAGGUGGUUCAGAUAAGAAGUAUUCUCUAUUGUUAACUGUUGUUGCUGUCGGCGUCGGCAUGGGUUGGCCUGUGAUACGCUAUAUACAUAAAACAAACACAAAGUUGUCUGAGCGUUGCAGGCAAAGUAUCUUAGCGAAACCAGCACCGACGAAAACCUUACAGACGUCAGAAAUCUUCACCCGCAUUUUGCGCUUCGGCAAAAAAUGCCAUCGGCGUCAGAAGAUAUUUUUGGGUUUCGGACUCCUUUUUCGAAUAGUCCAUCAAUGUCACAAGAUGACGAUUUUCACAUCAUGCGCCGCGAUAUUCGCGCAGUCCUGGUCACUGCAAUCCAUUCAGAGCCAUGUCACGGAGGAAUAUUUCCGACAAGCGUAGUUUUGCCCAAUUUCCAGCCUGCUGUUCUCGGGGCGGCACGGCCCUUGUUAAGUUUGUGGACACAGUGGAUAAACAUAAGUUCUCCUAAUGUGGCUUUCAUCCCACCGGAAGGUGUUCUGGCGUUACCACUUUCCACCGGCGACAACAGCAAAACCGAUUCCUGGGCGGUGGGAUGCCUGACCCUUUGGUUCAUCAACAACGGCCAACCGCUGGAACUCGCCCGACAUAUGCGCUACAUUUCCCGUGCCGAAGUGUUUCAUAACUUUCAUCUGAAGCAACCGUUACUACCGAGACUUCAGGCAUUGUAUAAGACGGCGGGGCAGCACAACGACCUGCUUAUCGGUCCAAAAAUUAAUCCGAGUAGACCGGUACCAUCCGUCUGUGAGGACUUUCUGGGACAAUGUUUGAAGCUUGACCCAGCGAAACGAUGGAGUCUGCAACAACUGCGUGACCAUCCCUUCCUGGAUUUAAGUAAAUCGACGGAGGAGCUCUUCACGCUAGAUCUUGAGCUUUUCAAAGAGAGGUCCUUUCUAAGCGAAUGCUCUUUUAAAGAGAUGUUUGGCUCGAAGAACGUCUGGGAACAUCCGGUUUUUCACAGCUACGAUGCAAUGGUAUCGCAUCAGCGAGGUGAACUCAUAUACGAACAUCCAGGUCUCAGCCAGAGGCGGCCAGUGGAUAUCUGGCGCUUUACGUUCUGCGGAUACAUAGAGAAAAAACCGCAGAGGCAAUUCAGUUUGUGGACGAAUUGUUUUGGGCAGUUGGUUAAUGCGUUGACGAUGGAAGCCUGGAGGAAAGAAUGGGCUACUAUAUGCAGAAUGCGAGAACUGCAAGAGGGCAGUAAAAAUGUUGUGCAGCACUUUGGCUGUCAGUUUUUCGGUACCAGCAAUUCGACUGUCCCAAUGGAGAUGCUGCUUAUUACGGAACACUGUGCAGGAGGUUCAUUUAAAGAAGCAGCUAAAUAUAAGCUGCCGAUCGAGAUCAUCGCUAAGUGGACUAGGGAGGUGCUGCAAGGUCUACAGUAUCUGUACGGACACCGCAUCGUCCAUGGCAACAUUAAUAGCUGCCAUAUUCUCUUCAGCGACUCCGGUUUCAAGGGUACCAUCAAGAUCGGCGGUUUUCAUUACAUGCGGCGAUAUGAAGCGGACCCAGAUUCACCUUUUCACUGUAGUUCACCACAAGAAGUGAAAGACCGACAGGAACCGGAUGGACGGUUUGCCGCUCCGGAAAGCAUUGCCUUCCAUAUUGCAGAUGAGAAACUGGGCAGGAAGAGCGAUAUUUGGAGUAUGGGGUGUGUUGUUCUGCAUUUGGUCAGCGGUGAACCACCGCUUUACACUGGCCCUAAAAACAAGCUGAUAACAUUGGAAAUUGCUAUUCAAUACCACUUCCACAUCAACAAAAACGCAUUGCCUUGCAUUGACGAGUGGAUACCGACAAGCGUCCAAGUCUUCAUUAAAAGCUGCUUGCAAUUCGAUCCACAGAAACGGCCAAGUAUUAAUGAGCUCCUUAAAAAAUUAGAAACCGGAAGCUUUGGUAUAAUUCGACAAUUUCGACCGGAUACUGCGCAGUAUCUUGCAAAUCGUAAAGGUGAGCCACUUCCCGUGGAUGUUGCGGAGCAUUGGAGAACCCACCCUUGAUGAUGGCCGCGUUUGUUCCUCUGAUGUCAUGUUUUCACCAAGCAUGGCAGUAAUGAAGAUGUGCCAGUGAUCACAUUUGUCAUCGUCGUAUCUGAUACGUGAAGCGUUUUUAAUUUACUGAGCACGCCGCUUUUAAUAGCGCCGUCUUUGUUAACUUAUAAAUGCCAAUACAUAUACAUAUACGAUCGUGUGACUCCUUUAAAUUCUUGUUUUGCCCUUCUUACGUGCACGGCGCAACAUUUUCUUCUCAUUUUUUUUAACCAAAUGCGAUUUUCGCCUUUUGGUCAUGGCCGUAGUGCUUUUCGUACUAGUCAUAAUUUUGACAUGGAUCAACGUUGAUUUGCAUUGGAGUUUCCACGGAGCGCUGCAGAAUAUGACAUAAAUU